AUGACUUUGGACCAUGACAACAUGCCUGAUGCUUCGUCCAGGAAGGACAGACUCUUCAGACUGGUUGCUCUGAGCUUUGGACUCCUGUGUAUCCUACAAGCUGCUGCCAACAUUUCCCUGCGUCUUGCUCUCUAUGCAAAGAUGCCAGAUUAUGAGGCCAUUAUCAAAAAUCUGACUGAAGAGGGAGAAGAUUUGAAGAGGAAGAUGAUCACCUUUGAUAAUCACUCCCAACAAGGAUGGGUGUAUUUCUCCCACAGUUUUUAUUACAUUUCUUCUAUUAACAAGUCCUGGCAAGACAGUAGAGACGACUGUCUGCAAAGAGGUGCAGACCUGAUCAUUAUCAACAGCAGAGAAGAACAGGAAUUUGCAAGAAAGUUCAAAGGGCUCAGGUGGAUUGGACUGACUGACAGUGAGACAGAGGGACAUGGACAUGGGUGGAUGGGACUGCACUGAACACAAGCUACUGGAACGCUGGGGAGCCCAACAGCUAUCAAGGCAUUGAUGAAGACUGUGGAGAAAUAAGGCUUUAUGACAGGGAAUACAACUGGAAUGAUUCACCAUGUAAACAGCUAAACUUCUGGAUCUGUGAGAAGGUGGUGGCUCCAUGACUCAGCAUCCAAAUCUGCCCUAGACUGGCGAUCGAUAAGCUGCAGGGGAAGUGUCUCAUCAUCAUGUACAAACACCAACAUGUCACCACAGGAAAAACACAGGUGUCAAUAAUAAAAUGAAUGAUGGCUAAAGUCCAUGUAACUGCUUCACUUUCAGGGUCCUGGUGUGUUGGCUCACUGUCACAGUGUCACCAUUUGUUGGGACACUUGAAUAGAACAGAGCCAUUCGUGUUACACCGUGCUUCCCUGACAAGUCAAAAUGUCUGCUAUUGUUCAAAAAAUUAGUGAAGACAGAAAUAUAUCAUUAAUUUAUUGAUCGAUUCAUUACUAAAUUAAUUAUUUUGUCAGUAGUCAUCAUUAUCAUCAUCAUCAUAUAACAACUAGGCCUAAUUAAAUUGCAAUUGUCACAUUUGUCCCCACUAGCAGGCCAGUCAACUAAUUUCAACUCUGCAAUCACUUCUGACAUCAUCAAGUCUUUAAAGUGUAUAUAAUCACAUCAGAGUGCAGAUACAUUUCAUUUGUUUAAUUGUCUAACCUUCGGUAGACCCUUUAAUGACUCAUCAGCAGUGUCAAGAGGAUCUUUUGUAAAUCUAUGAUUGCUUUACUCACUGCUUUGUGUACAGCACAACACAUUGUGUAUUUAUGAAUUAAUUGUAUCCAUUUGAUGAUAAGUUUACAACUUGAUUUUGCAUUUUAAUGGGGCCAUCUUACAUGCUGCAGAGUUAAUUUGCAUAUGUGACAUGCUGUAAACCCAGAUUUAUGUUAUCAGUGUUGUAUUGUACAAUAUUACAACAGCCGGGGACAAUUGUAACACUUUUGGCAAUUUUCUGAAUAAAUCAAAAACCGUUUAUCCUUAAAAAGACAAUUUUGCUAUAUUAUAAGCUUUGAAGCAUCAGCUACUAAAACAAUGUAGAUAUUGGA